AUGGCGACGAUGACAACACCGGACUCGGAUAAUGCUGAAUCAUUCAGCAGCGCUCCGCUAUCGUUUCGUGCUCCAGUAUCGAAUUGUGCGAAAUCGAUAAUUGAUCGUAAACUCCGGAAAUUCGCUUCGGAAACGUCAUUUGCAACGGAGACGGCAAGUGAAAGUAGUAUUGAGCGUGAAGUACCGGGACGUACGCGAGUGUUUACCGUACGUCCAGUUCCACGUCGCGUUCAACAUAGCGCACAUCAUCAUCGAAUUCGUCAUGAUUCGGACGGUAGCGCCGGCAGCGAAGCGACGGUGGCAAGCGGUUCGGCGACACCGCGGCGCGUUUUUCGUCAUCCACGAAGCCAGGGAGAAAUGCAUACGAGUUGUACUAGCGCUACGAUACAUUCGCUUGAAAGUACCGGCGUACCGAUGGUAAACGAUGAACGAAGAACGAGUCAUGCUUAUAUGAUGGACGAUGACAGUAUCCAUGAAUUUGAGGACGAUGACGGUAAGCUUAUCCUCGGAUUUUGCGAGCUAAAUUUUAGUGAAAAUAUAUGGGUCAUCAAUGGUUAUGAAAUAGUUUCUAUGUAA